AUGCGUCGAUCUUUUGAAAACUUACAACGGCGCUUUGGCUUGCGAGAGAUGCAGGGGAUUUCAGAUGCGGAUGGCGAGGGAUAUCUAUACGCCUACGUUGAUAGUGAUGGGUGGAAAAUAGGAAUGUCAAACAAUUUCGUUCGUCGUCAGAAGGAGUGGGACAAGGAUUGCCCUAGUCCAUGGAGAAUAUGGCUUCCACCUAUUCAGGUCGCAAAUAGACGGAGGGCGGAAACACUAGCACAUCUUCUGCUUGAGAUGGCAUGUGUUGACCCCCCGCGAAUCUAUUGUCAAAACUGUACGCCAAUGAGCGCACAUCGAGAAAUUCGUUUUCUAUGGACCCUGGCACGUCGUCUGGACCACGAUUGUUUAUCCAAUCUUUUUAAGGGCUGCUGUUUCGUGAAGGUCCUCAACGGACAAGCGGUCAAUAAUCAGAUGCACAAAUCUUCCAGCAUUUGA